AUGACGCCCGGCGAACUGCAGACGACGCGUACACUGCAAUGCACACGUGGCCAUUCGCCAGUUUGUUUGCUGCCUCAAACUGAACCGGCAAUUCCCACGCGAAAAUGUUUUUCAAGUCAAUCUAUAAAUUACACUACCAUCGAUCUUGCAGCCGUUGUAAGAUUUGCCCCGAAACCCGUCAUCACACUCAUCGAACUAAAGAGAUUCUCAUCAUCUCUUGCUUCCAUAUUUGGUUAA